AUCAGGUAGCUGUGGACUUGAACUGGGUGCCUUGAUUCGGGAAGUGGUUUCCGGUAAAGGCGGCGUUUACUCGCUGUGGUUUUAAUCUAAACCUUUUAAAUGUAAACGUUGGAAGCGAAAUCACCAGAGUCCAGAAUGGACAUUCUUACUAAGUACAUUUUUCUGUCCGCUCUGUGCACAGUUACGACGGAGGCAUAUACAGGAUCUGGAUACACAUCACUAGAAGACGAUGAAGAGAUUUAUGCAAAUGAAGCACAUUACUCUAGAUAUGAAGAUAUUCCACAGUGUGCACCUCUAAAGGUCAAAAAUGGUUAUGUCAGGUGCAAAACCCCACUAGGUGUACCAUACCAAAAUGCACAGGGAACAGUGUGUGAUGUUUCUUGCCGACAGGGAUAUGAAAUUCAUGGACUUAGCCGUGUCCAUUGCCUUUCAAGCAAACGCUGGUCACAAACAGUUAUUUGCAGAGAAAUACGAUGUCCCAAGCUUUCAUUGCCAGUUCACGGGGCUGCAAAGUGCUCGGAUGGAGCCUAUUUUAAAUCAAAGUGCGAAUUUUAUUGUACACCUGGAUAUCAAGUUAAGGGAUCGAAAGAUGUGAUUUGCAUGCACAAUAAAGUGUGGAGUGGAAAGGAGCCAUCUUGUCUUGAUGUUGACCCUCCAAAAAUAAAGUGCCCCAGUUUUAAGCAGAAGAUGGCAGAGCCUGAGAAGCUGACUGUCCGGGUGAACUGGGACAUUCCAGAGGGCAAAGAUGUAGCAGAUGGCAUCUUGACAGAUGUAAUAUUGAAAGGCCGCCCUCCUCGUUCAGAAUUUCCUGAAGGUGAACACAAAAUUCAGUACAUUGUUUUUGACAGGGCUGGUAACAAGGCUUCAUGCAGAUUUACAGUUAAAGUGGAAGUUAGACGCUGUGGGAAGCUCCUUCCACCAGAUAAUGGCUACAUGAAAUGCACCAGUGAUGGGGAUAACUAUGGAGCCACCUGUGAGUUUAAUUGUGUGGGUGGCUUUGAAUUGAAAGGAAGCAAAGCAAGUGUCUGUCAGUACAACCGUGCCUGGUCAGCAUCUGCUCCAGUCUGUGCACCCAUGAACAUUAAUGUGCGUGUUACCACAGCAGCGGCACUUCUAGAGCAGUUUUACGAGAAACGUCGAUUGCUGAUUAUAUCCACUCCCACUGCUGCCAAUCACUACUAUCGAUUUCAGCUAGGAAUUAAUCAGCAAGCUAUAUGUGGCUUUGACUUAAGGCAUGUGACAGUCAUAGAACUAGUUGGUGUUUACCCUGUGCUAAUAGGGAGGAUAAGGGAACAGUUCCUGUCACCAUUCCUAGUUUUACAACUGAGGUUGCUGCUCCGGAUUUCCCAGUCAAGCUUCAACAUGGUCCUUGUUGAUAAACAUGGCAGGGAUAGGGAACGCUAUCCUUUCCCAGUUACCGCUGCUGAACUCUUCACAUUGAUUGACACAUUUCCUUUGCGAAAGGAAGAAAUCAAAUUGCAAGCAGAAAGUGGUCAGACAUGUGAUUGAUUUCAAAAGCUAAUUUUACCCUUUAUUGGAGCAACUGCAGUUUGCUAUGUGAAUUUUCAAGUUACGUACUUAUAUCUUGAAAGUGCCAUUAAUAUAUAAAAGUAUGCUGUAAAACAUUCCUUUUGAUUGCUGAAAAAUUUUGCUUAGGUGCAGCAUAUCAGUUUAUUAUCAUGAAUAAGUAAAGUAUUGUGCUUGGUGUAAUUUAUGAAUUUUCCUUAUAAACUGCAGCACAGGAGAUAAGUUUGAACACAAUACACAUGGAAUGAUUUAACUAGUUUUGGAAAAUGUGCCACAAUUAUUAGUUUAUGGUUUUCACUUUGUUCUGAAAGAGUAGAUUAUGUGCUUCCACUGUGAUCCAUAUGGUGAGAUGACUAUUGAUUCUCAUUACCAGCUAAUCCAACUUCUUUUUGCCACACUUAAUCCUUUUUACAUUGACCUGCUCAAUCCCAGGCAUUUAAUUAAAACGUAAUGUUCUGAAUGUGAGGAUUUAGUUUAAGUGUUCUUUAUACUGACAUACAACCUUAGAGAAGAUGGCUGCUUUGUGUAUAGAGGGUUGUUCAGGUUUAAAAUUAAAACUCUCAAUACCCACAGCAAAUUCACACUUACACUGGAGUGUUCGAAUGUGUCUGGACAGCUUGGAGUUGGCAGGAGUGUAUUUUUGCCGACGAAGUUGUUUAAACGGUGAGAAUAGAUCUAUGGGCUUGUCCUUGCUGUGUAGUAACAGUGAGGUUUAAGAAUGAAACGGCAUGUGUAUACAACUAAGUGGCAUCUGAUUUUUGAAGAAUUUAAAGGUGGCAUGACUCUGGUCACCAUUAUGAGCCAGCAUUCAAGCAUUAAAAGUCAUUCUUCUCUUAGUAUUUGGAGCAGCGUGGUAUCUACCAGCAGACUUCAGGUGUUUAUUAUCAGGCAAUGCUCCUUUCCGUUCCACAUGGUGAGCUUGAGACAGAUACCAGACCAUGUUUGGGUGUUUUAAGACAGGUAGCUUAUUUUGAUGUAGAUUUAAGGUCCAAAUAAUUUAUUUAAUGUUGGAUAGUUGAUAGGGGGAGUAAAUAUAAUGAGCAGGCCCUCUGCUGGUCUGAAUAUUAAAUAUAUGGUGCUUUAGUCACAUAAUGAUACUCGCUUGCCCAAUGAAUAAGAUGCUGUAGUGCUUCUAAGCUUUGCUCUGGUCUGUUUUGCAUCAGUUCAUUCAUCCAGAUGAACUAGAAAGGGAUGCAAAGCAUAUUUGCAUGGAAGAAAUACUGAAUCUCCCUUAAUUGACAGAAGUCUGGUAAGUUUCAGCUUGUAUCUGUUUGGAUCAACUUGUUCACUUGAUGAAGGAAUUCCAGUUUGGAUUCAGUCCGGAAAUUGUAGCAGUUAUACUUGGGAGGAUAUGUAAGGGUUAAAAUCUGUAGAAGAAAUUGAAUUGAACAUCACACAUGGAAAGGGAAAAGUGAUCCAUUUACAUUUUUAUACUAAAUCCAUUAUAUUAAAAUGGAUUUUAAAACCAUUGUUAAUU